AUGGCUGAGGUGGGAGUGGCAUUUCUCCCUGCCAUCCUUGGAGUGGUAUUCGAUAAAAUGGCUUCUCAAGGAGUAGUUGAUUUCAUCCGCGGACGAAAAUCAACCGAUGAACUCUUACAGAAGUUGAAGAUAGCAUUGUUGCCAAUGAAUGUGGUGCUGGAAGAUGCGGAAGAAAAGCAAGUUACGAAUCCUAACGUGAAAAUGUGGAUUGAUGAGUUGAAAGAUGUUGCCUAUGAUGCAGAAGACAUAUUGGAUGAGAUUGCUACUGAAGCCCUCCAACGCAAGUUGGAUGCUGAAUUCCCACCUGCUUCAAGAAAGGUAGGAAACCUCAUCUCUAGUACUUUCCUUAAUCGUUUUGUCCAUCAUAUAGAGCCAAAGAUAAAAGAGGUACUUGUUAAACUAGAAGAUCUGGCAAAACAAAAGGAUGUUAUGCGUCUACAAGGAGGAGUUGGAGGAAAACAAAAUCCAGAAAGGUUGUCCACUUAUUAUGUCAUAGAGUCUAACACUUUUGGUAGGGAUGAGGACAAGAAAAAAGUAAUUGACUUAUUGCUCUCUUCUCAUGGCUGGGGCAAUGAAAUGUGCUUGAUUGCCAUUUUUGGCAUGGGGGGAAUCGGCAAGACUACCCUUGCUCAACUGGUAUACAAUGACAAUAGGGCGAAACAAUAUUUUGACCUUAAAAUAUGGUUUUGUACUUCAGAAGAAUUUGAUGUGCCCGAGGUAAAGAAAUCAAUUAUAGAGCAAGCAGCUUUGUCAGCUUGUUAUAUUAAAGAUCCAGAGCAACUUCAAGUUGAACUAGAGAAGAAUUUGACUGGCAAGAAAUUUCUCCUUAUUUUGGAUGAUGUUUGGAGUGAGAAACCUAUUCAUCAGGAGUUCCUAGGCCAACUCUUGCAAUAUGGGGUUUGA